GAAGUACUCUCAUCACGGCAAGCUUUCCGUCAAGGAAUCUUGACCUUGAGCGAUCAUUGCAUCCCUCCUUACAGCCAUUUUGCAAAUACGAGCAGAUCUCUUGUCGUAAUCAUGAAAGCCUCCGAUGCUGGGCUUUUUCUUUUGGUGGCUCUGGUAUCCCUAACACAUCUCGACGCAUUCGUCUUUCCGGCUUCAGCGUCUCGGCUUCUUCCGAUGACGACAAGUAGCCCGACUGCUUUUGUCUCGGCACGACAAAUACUAUUUGGAGUCAAUAUGGCCAAGGACGGCAACAUGCCAACGCUGAAACGAGUUCCUGAAGAUAUGGAAGGCGUUCCGACGCCGUUUGUUGAUGUCGUCGGCAAUUCGUUCAUUGAAUGCUUCGCCGAUUCGGUCGCCUUUGUCGACGGCAUUGAGUACACUAUUGGCGUCCCUUGCGACUAUUCCGUCGCCCUGUGCUAUUUUGGCGAUGACGACCAGCUCGUUCCGGUUGAAUUGGACGAUGCCCUCAUGGAUGACAUCUUUCCCAUGGCCGAAUCGAUUGUUGCCGAAGAAUUUGGGGAAGAGCUCGUCUUGCAACGGACUCCACAAACCCUCACCUUGGUUGGUGAGCUCGAGGACGACGAUGACGAAGAGGCGCUGCAACGUUUUGAAGAAGGCGAUGAGUCGUCGAUGGAGGACGAAGACGACGAAGAAGAAGUCGAGGUGUUGCUGACGUUUGAGCACCGUAACCAGGAAUUCAACCUUGUUCGUUUGUUGGACCCGAUCCUGUUGGUUGGCAAAGUAGACCCGUCGCAGCCCGAUAAUCGUAUACUCUUGACGCCAGAAGAGUCGGACAAGGUCAUGCCUAUUUUGGAAGAGCUUUUCCUGGAAUUUCAGGAUGAACCGGAUGAUGACAUGAUGCCCUAA